AAUCGUAAUUAUCUUAUCUUAACACAACCAACCAAAGAUAUUGAAAGAAAGAAAGAAGUCACUGGGAAUUCCUCUCUUAAAACCAAAUCGAUUUUGCAACUCAUCGAUUUUUACUUCUUCUGUCGGAAUUCCUCUCGUCAAAGAAUCUGUGAUAAAACUUCUUUGGUCUCAGAUUGUCAAAGUCGACAACUUGAAGAUCUCAGCUAGAUAUUCUGUUCCCAAAGACUCCACAAGUCUCCAAUUUUGUGCCAAGAGGUCUCUACAAUCGCUUCAUUACCUCGGUUGUUUGAUAUGAAAUUUGGGAACUUGCUACUGCUUUGAAAGUUGGGAACUUUCUGUUGCUGUUGGUGUUGUAUACUUGCAACUUGGGUAUUGAAAGUUGGGAACUUACUACUGCUUUGAAAGUUGGGAACUUGCUGUUGUUGUUGGUGUUGUAUACUUGCAACUUGGGUAUUGAAAGUUGGGAACUUGCUGUUGGUGUUGCAUAAAAAUAUGGAAAUGUUAGAGGGUCGACCGGUUAAUACUUUGACAGUUGUUGAAUUGCGAAAACAUCUUUCUGAUCGCAAUUACUCAACAACAGGCAAAAAAGCUUUAUUGAUUGACCGUUUGAAUGAGGCACUUAAAACGAUAAGCAGUGAGCAACCAGAAGGCGAGCAACAAGAAGAAGAAGAAGAAGGACCAAAGCCAAACGCAGAUCGUCUUCUUUUUCUUGAUUUGGAAUUUGAAAAGGAGGAUGUUAUAGAGUUUGCUGUGCUUAUCGUUGACUCUAAGACACUCGAGGCGGUUUAUAACUACGAAACAUUUAUCAAACCAAGUGAUGGUGUUGUUUCCAAGUUCCGUGAUAGGCCAAACGGAAUCACCAAAGCCAAGCUCCAAAGAGCACCAACAUUCUUAGACGUCCACGAAGACAUUUUCAAAGUUCUUCAUGGUGGAAUCUGGAUUGGACAUAACAUAAUUCGCACCGACAUUCCACUCUUACUGAAGAUGUAUAGGAGGCACAAUUUGCCAGAGAAGCGCAUUCCAUCAUUCAGAUACAAGAUCGAUACACUCAAGUGGUUGGAGGGAAAUUUUCUGGGAAAAACACAGGGUCUAAAGCUUAAUGAACUUGGUAAAUUCUUCAAAUUAGAAGAACAAACGCACCGGAGUUUAGAGGAUUGUGACUUGAACUUGCAAGUUUUCAAGUUAUGUUUAUGCGUCAUAGGAAUGGAAAAAAUGUUUGACAGCGAGGAAUCAAAAGUGGUGGGGACUUCUAGGAAAAGUAAGAGAUUAAGGGAACAACAAUUAGAGCGGUGGUAAGUCAAAUAUUAAUAGCGAGUUCAAUAUUCCUUCACCUGGACAUAUUCUCAUAUAUGGGCCUCCUGUGAGUUCUCUAUCCAUUUUGGUUGUUCCAUUUGGUAUUCCUCGAAUAUGAAUUUAGUGCAUUUUGGUCCUUGGAUUUACAAGUGUGUAAAAAUAAACUAGCAUGCUCACACUCUCCUCUCAUCUAUUGAAUUU